UACAUGUGAAAAUUAACCUAAAUAUAAAUGUUCUUGGUUAUUUAAUCGUAUAAAAUUAUUUCAUUUAUUUGAAAUAUUUUUUUCUUUCAUUUUCUUUGACGUUCUCUCACGUCCCUCCAGCAGGGGGCCAUGAAGCCCUGAGAUUCCGCUUUCUAACAAAUAGCAGCUAUGUGGCUAACUUCCGGUUAGCCCAGUUAGCUCGUGCUUGUCGCUGUGUCCAGGUGUGUUCCGGUUCUGUUCAGCAACAAUGUGUUCCGUUGAGCCUCUGAGAGAGUUUAUCAGAGAGAGACUAACUGCUGCUGCUGAAGAAAUCUUCACCCAGCUGGAGAAAACCAUCGUCCGGUACGAGGAGGAGAUCGACCGGCAGCGGAGACUGCUGGACCUCACCUGGAGACCCCGAGUCAGCUUACAGCGAGCAGAACUUUCAGGUUGUGAUGCCAGUGAGGAGAAGGACGUCCAGACAGGUCAGCAGUCUUCUGACAGACAGACUGACUCCAGUUUGGACCAAGAGAAACCAGACCACUGGCAGAGGAAGAUGGAACAAAACGACUCUGAUCCCCUUCAGAUGAAAAUUGAACUGGAGGAACCAGAACUUCUGCAGUUAAAGGAGGAGGAUGAUGAAAUCCGGAUCAGUCAGGUUGAAGAGCAGCUUGUUCUGAAUCAACAGACUGAUUCUCUCACGGAGAACGGAGAACCAGAACCAGACGGAGACCAGCGCUCGUCUCAGAGCUAUCAUGAAACUGAGAACCUAAACCAGAACCAGAGCAACGGUGGAGAUAAAUGUAGAGAUCAAGUUUUGAAACAAAAUAAUAGUGAUAAAACCAAACUAAAGAGGCACAGAGUUGAAAAAAGGGCGUUUUGCAAGAUUUGUGGUAAAAGUUUCAACCAGUGUUACUUAUAUGACCACAUGAGAACUCACACAGGAGAAAGACCUUACUUGUGUCAGACAUGUGGAAAAAGCUUUAUCCAAAAAAAUAACUUAGUUACUCACAUGAGAAUUCACUCACGUGGGGCACACUAUCCAUGUGACAUUUGUGGGAAAGAUUUUUCUCGCAACGAUGUGUUAGCCUCUCACAUGAGCACUCACUCAGGAAUUAAACCUUUCUCAUGUCAGACCUGCAAAAAGAGCUUUAGUCGGAAAAUGUAUUUAACUCGUCACCUGAGAACGCACACAGGUGAGAAACCAUUUGAGUGUCAUGUCUGUGGGAAAGCUUUUAUCCAAAAAGAUUAUUUAAUUACUCACACAAGAACUCACACAGGUGAGAAGCCGUACUCUUGUGAGACGUGUGGAAAAAGUUUCAGUGACAGGAGUAAUUUAAAGCAUCACAAGAGAACUCACACAGGGGAGAGACCUUUCUCAUGUCACAUCUGUGGGAAACGUUUUAUUCAGAAGAAUAACGUAGUAACUCACAUGAAGGUUCACAGAUGAGAAACGCUUCCCCUGUGAGGUCUGUGGUGUGUGUUUUUCUCACAGUGCUAAUCUGACUCGUCACAUGGCCGCUCACUCAGAGGAGAAACCUUUCUCAUGUCAGUCGUCUGGAUGAGGCUUCAGCCUCAGGUUGUUCACAGGUUAAUAGUGUGAACAUUCAUGAAACUCAUGGCUACAUACAAGUUAAAAUCCAAAACAACAAUCAAAAAUAACACACAAACAUGAUCAAUCCAGUUUUUUUGUCUUUCUGCAUAAAUAUAAAGAGUGAAAAUAGAUAAGACACUUCAAAGAAUUUGAGAGUGUACCUGAAGUAAAAGCAGCGGAGGAAACACUGAUUCCCUUCACACUCCACUCAGUCGAGACACCAUGAACGUGGCUAUGAAAUGUUUACAUCUGCGUUUGUAUGAACUGAACAGUUUGUAAUUUCAAAAUCAAUGUUGGUGUUCAUAAAUGCUGGGAGUUGUAAUUUAUUUCCUCUGAUAACAAUAAAAUAGUCAAGAAGUUAAAGUUCAGGAACUUUAACUUCAGUAGACUGAAGAUCCUAAAACUCCAGUGUUAAAGGUGAAUGUAUUUAACCGACGUAUUUAUGUUUCAAUAUGGAAUUAAAUGGCAAUAAAAUUGUUCAUCUGGCAUCUUCCACA